GUGGAUGGGUUGAAAGUUUGGGGAAGGAUUGAUUGAGAGUUUGGCAGUGCCGUAGAUGGUUGGGAGUUGAGUGCCCGGCCGCCUGAAGGCUGCAGAGGGAUCGGAAGCGAUGGACGGGGCGGUCACUAUCAUCCUGCUCUCUCUGGCAAUGUUCGGGGGUUGCCUGCUCCUGGGACUGAUCCCUUUAACCGUCAGACUGCCUCAGGAGAAGCUGAAGUUUGUGACAGUGCUGGGAGCAGGAUUACUCUGCGGGACAGCUCUGGCCAUCAUUAUUCCUGAGGGAAUCGAGCUGCUGCUGGGUGAUCUCAUGGCAGAUCAGCGCAGGAAUAUAUCACAGAGUCAAGUUCUCAUGGAAAUCCAGGUGUCUGAUGGAAAACAGGCUGGCACAAAACAGUUUGCACCCCCUCAUUUCAUCAUUGGCAUCUCCCUUGUCAUGGGCUUCCUUCUGAUGUUCAUUGUUGAUCAGGUCGGCAACUGCAUUGCAUGGCAAGGAGAACCAAGGACAGGCCCGGGUGCUGGCUCCAGUCUCACUGCAACACUCGGCCUGGUUAUUCAUGCUGCAGCGGACGGUGUGGCUCUUGGUACUGCAGCAGGAUCAUCCCAGAUCUCUCUCCAAGUCAUUGUGUUCUUUGCCGUUAUCCUUCACAAGUCUGGAUAUUUUCAGGCUCCUGCAUCAUUUGGUUUGGUGUCGUAUCUGAUGCAUGCAGGUCUAGAGAAGCGGCAGAUUCAGAAACACCUAUUCGUAUUCUCCCUGGCAGCACCGCUCCUCGCCAUCACCACCUACUUUAUAGUCAGCAAGAGUAGCGUGGGCUCGCUGCACCAGACCAAGGCCACCGGCAUCGGGCUGCUCUUCUCCGCCGGGACAUUUCUGUAUGUUGCAUCUGUACACGUGUUGCCUGAAGUCAGCAGCCAAAGUCACCAUGGGGUCACCAACGGCAAUGGCAAGAAGGGCCUAGGUGUUCUAGAGAGCCUGACACUAAUUGUGGGCUGCAUGAUUCCAGUUUUCUUGUCGCUGGGACUUCACGAUGCAUAAGUAGAAUUGGAACCUUGUCUUGCAUCACCAGCCCCCAUUUUCCACCAGGGUGAGCUUUACCUCAAGCGAGAUGCAGAAGGCCUCAGCCCCUUGUGACAAUGAUACAUGCAGACAUCGGAAGUGGGGACAAGGUUAAACUAAUAUCUUUCAAAAUUAAUGAGACCAAGGAGCAUUUUUUGUUGAGUAAUGGGUAUUCUAUUAUUGGAGUGUGGAGUUUUGAGGCAUGAGACACAAUGGGAUUGGGGUGGGGGUUGGGAU